CAUGCGCCGCAGAAACGCCUAAAGUGUCCUGGAUGAAAAUGUCAUAUGUGAAACUGGUGUCGCUGUGCGCCGCAGCUCCGGGGCUGACGGGCCUGCUGAGCGGCUCCGUGCUGGCUGCGGCCGCUGAGGGGAAGAAGAGGAGCUCGCAGCCGGUCCUAAGCAUUGAUGAGCUGCCGUCUUUAUACACGAGACCUGAAGCAGAGCCUCAGUGCGUGGAGCCAGAGGCCGGGCCUUUGGAGCAGAGCGUGGCAUCGCUGAGGAAGUGGGCACAGCCGUACACGAACCAGUGUCAGCAAACCAGCCAAGCUGCAAUGGAGAAAGUUGAGCAAGUUUACAAGACCGUGGAACCCACCAUCAGCACGUCAGUGACAACAGUCAGAGACGUGUACCAGUUCCUCAGUGACCCUCCUCCUGACCUGUACCCCAGUGUGGCGGUGGUGGGUUUCUCCGGCUUCCUGGGGCUUUAUUUGGCCAAAGGCUCCAGGAUAAAGCGCCUGGUGUUUCCAGUUGGACUCAUGGCUCUGAGCGCGUCCAUGUUUUACCCUCAGCAGGCUGCGUCCUUGUUAAAGGUGAGUCGGGACUCGGCGUAUACCUGGGCUCAGCAGGGCCGCGAAACCGUGGAGACUCUGUGGAAAGAUCCGCCGUUUGGUAAAAAGAAGACUGAGAAGAAAGAGCAAACACAGAGCAGCAACUCAACCAGCUGAGACGGCAGGAAGACACACACCUGUCCACCCUGAGACACUGAGUUGCAUCAGUCCACAUUCCACUAACCCAGAUUGAAUCUUUGAAUGUGCUUCUUGGAACGGUCUUCAGUCUUCCUCCUCCUCCUCCCUCUCCUCCUCCUCCUCCUCCUCCUCCUCCUCUCUCUCCUCCUCUGUAAUCAUUCCCAGUUACUCCUUCGAUGACCUCAGCGCUUCCAUUUUCCGUGUAGUUCAACACGUCACAGGGUCGAGUUUUCACUGUGUCACCUCUGUAACGGUUCCUAUCACCACUGCUGAGGAUGUUUCUGUCUCAAAAAUUCAAAGAAACUCAGUGGAGAGUUUUCUUCUCUUACAGCUUAUCGUAUUAAAGUAACAGAUUUAGAGGAUUUUGCAGGAUUUUUGAAAACCACGUGUCACAACAUCAGCUAAGAAAAGCCGGUGAAGACAAGCAGCCUGUUUUCAGCUUUGUGACGAUGCUUUUUCCACAUUGUUUGUUUUUUAAAUGCGUUUAUUUAGAAAAAGUAGAUGAAUUUUCUUGUUGUUCCGUUUGUCUGUCCCACAGAGGAGAGAGUUUGUCUGUAGCUUCAGAUUUUCAUGCUCUGUGGGUGGAGCUGCAGCUGUGGAAAAGUGCCGCACUUCUGACUUCACACACUCAUGGUUCAGUAUUUAUUUCCCCUGAUGAUGUACUUUAUAAUAACGGAUGCAUUCCAUCAUUAUUAAUGAACUGGAUGAUACUGUGUUUAUUGUGCAUGUGAAGUAAUGCACUGUAUAAACUGAGGUUUUAUCUUUAAUGCUGUGAGUAAACAUGGCGUCUGACUUUCAUCAUUAAUUCUUUAACCUUAAUUAAAGAUGUUAAUGAAUUAGAAAACUCAAUGAAAAAAAUCAC